GAAAAUCUAUCAUGUGCAGGAAGUUUAUCUACUGCUAUAUCGGCGGCCGCCAAGGUCAUAAAGAAGCUCCCAGGCGGCCAAAGCCUCGGCGAGUCGAUCGAGUCGGUCAGUGCUGAUGAUAACAUUGUCAUGAAGGGCAACCUGCCAAUCAUGAUUCCUUUCUCUCGCAGAACAAGCGCGGAAUGGUACCGCCUCGAUAAAGACCUUCGUGGGGUUUGCGGUGACAAGAGCGCGUUUGUGUUGGUUGUCAGCAUCCUUUGUUUGGAGUAUUCUUCCUUGCCUUCGCGGAUACUCCGUGGCUGGCUUGCUCAUUCCGCGGAAGAUGGAGUGCAAAUAGACUCUUCUGUCAGUGAGCCGCCGAAUCCCCUCAAGCCGCUGGAUCAACUGCCAUCAGCAAUUGUAAACUUAACGGUCAAUACGGUCACGUUUCCAGCAGAAGAAUUUGCUGACGGUCGGAUUGAACCUGAGAUGUCAUACUUUUUCGAUUUCCAAGCAGUUUUACCCAGCAUCAUUGAAUCUAACUACAGGCAACGGAGGGUUGAGGUGCCAUUCACACUGUGUGUCAUUGCCUUCGCUCAAGCCAAGUUGCGAGAAGCCAUGUUCAAGAUGCUUCUGCCCGCUUCUGACCUGCGCCGCGCUCUGGGCAGCGUUCAGUACGAUGAGUUCCACUUCGCAGACAGUACACGGGGUGUAAACAUGACAGAUCGGGAAAUUGUUGACUCAAGGACACCAACAGCCUCACAACAAACUGACGACGAUAGUGACGAUAGUGACGAUGACAACGAUGACAACGAGAAUAAUGACGACAACGACGAUAACAGCAAAAACGACGAUAAUGGCAAAAGUGACGAAAGCAGCGGACUGUCGUUAUACACAGCCUCCUUGAACGGCCAUGCCAGAGUAGUUAAACUCUUACUUGAGAAUGAUGCAGACGUGGGCGCUGCAGACGGGAGUCGACUGACAGCAUUACAUGUGUCUUCUCAAAAAGGCCACAUAGAUGUGGUUAAGCUGCUGAUUGACAGCGGAGCUGAAACUAACUGCACAAGCUCAUAUGGAUCGACGCCACUAAACAUGGCCUCAGGCCGUGGGCAUGUCGAGGUGGCGCAGCUGCUCCUGGACAAUGGAGCUGACAUAACGACUGCAAACAAUGAAGGAUGGACACCAUUAAUCUCUGCCUCACAUGAAGGACAUGAUGGAGUGGUAAAGCUGCUUCUCGACAAUCCAAAAAUUGACAUCAAUGCUGAAGAUAACAUUGGUCGCACGCCACUCUUCCAUGCUGCCGCGUUUGGACAUGGCGAAGUGGUGCAACUACUGCUUUCCCAUAAGCUCGUGGUGAAUUCUAAAGACCGUUACAACACAACACCGCUGUUUGCGGCGGCAAGAAACGGGCACGAGAAUGCUGUAGAGCGUUUGCUUGCUUUCGAAGACGUCGACAUCAACGCCAAGGACGGCUUGGGUCGGACCUUAGAUUGGUGGGCAAUAAAGAGCGGGAACACUGGAGUCAUUGAGCUAGUACUCCAGUACGCUGAGAAAAGGGGCACUCAAAUCCGUCACACGGACCUCAGUGUGAAAGGCAGCCCAGUCAAGUCCGGUAAGCUGUCAAGGUACUGUGAUGUUUGCACUCGACGGAUUUCGGAUGGCAGCGCUUAUUACCAUUGCACAAUUUGCAAUAGUGACGAUUUUGAUAUCUGUUUGGAGUGCUCUGGGACUGGUGUUCAAUGUCUGGACAGUUCUCAUAAAUGGGUACUGCGUGAAUGAGUUAUUACUAGUACUUACUAGCCAUCACCCCGAUGCAUGGAGACAGUUGCAUCAUUGAAUUCCAUACGGAGCCUCCCAGUCGUAAAGUUCAGGCUGUCUCUCAGAUCUGUGCUUCGAACAUGAUCAUAAUAAUGUGCCAGCUUGGUGCUUGUUUCCACAAGUAGCGAGAAACCAAAAAUUGUCGCAGGAAAUGCAGUCUUUCGUGAUUGCCCGGCUGUUCACGAAGACAUG